AUGAACAUUAAAGGGGGAAAAGGGACAAGUUUUCAAGUCGAUACGGGCGCCACUUGCAAUGUGAUUAAACAGAAGGACCUGUCUGGGACGAAAUAUAUGAAAAAAAUGAAGAAAACAAAGCAAGUCCUCAAGAUGUAUAACUCCUCCAUUUUGAAACCAGUCGGUCAGUGUAUGGUGCAAUUACAAAAUCCUGAAACAUGCAAGAAGUACAAGGUUGAAUUUACGGUUAUAGACGGUGAGAACUGUACGAAUCUUCUAGGUAGUCGAGCAGCACAGCAGAUGGGUCUUGUUAAUGUGAAUUACGACAACAUGAAAAUUCUGUCAGAGUCAGACCAGAAAGGGGAUUCACAUACCACGAUGACGUCAUCAGAGUCAAGUCCGACGGAAAGGUCGACGCAUUCCAUAUUGACCUCUCCAGAAUCAAGUCAAACUGGAUUGACCAUGGAACAGAUCACUAGCGAAUACAAAGAUAUUUUCGAGGGACUGGGGCAGCUUGGACCGAAACUCCAUUUGGAACUAGAAGAAAACGUGAAACCUGUACAACAAGCAGUGAGAAAAAUACCUGAGUCCAUGAAAGAUCCAUUGAGAAGCCACCUAGCUGAGCUCGAAGAGAAAGGUAUAAUCGAGAGAGUGUAUCAACCUACAGAAUGGAUAAAUUCUAUUGUUGUUGCAAAGAAAUCCAAUGGAAGUAUUCGCCUAUGCCUAGAUCCUCGUCCACUUAACAAGGCACUCAAGAGAUGUCACCACCCCAUGCAGACCAUUGAAGAUAUAUUACCUGAGCUUGGUAAAGCAAAAGUUUUCUCCAAGUUGGACUGUCUCAAUGGUUAUUGGCAAGUCCCUUUGGAUGAAGAAUCUUCCCUCCUCACGACGUUUGGAACGCCUUUCGGUCGGUAUAAAUGGAAACGUUUACCGUUUGGUAUUUCUCCAGCGGGUGAGAUAUUUCAGAGCCGUUUAGAUCAAGCGAUCGACGACCUUGAGGGAGUCAAGACAGUCGCUGAUGAUAUUCUGGUGAUCGGAAAUGGCGACUCAUUGGCAGAAGCAAUCACCGACCAUGACGCCAAAAUGAAGCAACUGUUGGAUCGAUGCAGAGAGCGGGGAGUGAAGCUGAAUGGAACGAAAUUUUUGCUGAAGCAAACGUCAGUUCCUUACAUCGGACACGUUCUUACAUCUGCAGGGGUGAAACCUGACCCAGCCAAGAUUGAGGCGAUCAUUAAGAUGGAGAGACCCACAAACGUAGAAGGAGUACGAAGAAUUAUGGGAACCAUCAACUAUUUAGCCAAAUUUUUGCCACAGUUGUCUGACGUUUCGGAACCUUUGCGACAACUUACUAAGAAGGACGUUGUUUUUGUAUGGGAUCAAGUUCAUGACCAAGCAUUCACGAAGUUGAAAGAGCUCGUUACCAAACCGCCUUUACUCAAGUUCUACGAACCUGAAAAAGAAUUGGUCAUACAGUGUGAUGCAAGCGAAGGGGGACUUGGGGCUGCUUUAUUGCAAGAUGACAGACCAAUAGCUUAUGCAAGUCGAGCACUCAAUUCGACUGAGCGUAAUUACGCUCAAAUUGAGAAAGAACUCUUGGCGAUUGUGUUCGCGGCAGAACGAUUUCAUCAGUACACAUUUGGAAGACCAGUAUGCGUUGACUCUGACCACAAACCAUUGGAAACCAUAUUUGCGAAGCCUCUCGUUUCUGCGCCCAGACGAUUACAGAGAAUGUUGAUGCGGCUACAAAUGUAUGACCUGAGUGUGAGAUACAAAAGAGGGACUGAAUUAUAUCUUGCAGAUACGCUAAGUAGACACUAUCUGACAGCGGUACAAGAGACCAGAGAAGCAGAUGUUCUGAAUUACUUGUCAGAUGUGGAGAUAGAGCAGGGAGAGCAUGAGGAAAUCAUGGAGAUCAACCAAUUGUUGGCGAAUGAAGAUGUUGCUAACAUGUAUCGAGAUAAAACAGAUCAAGAUGAAGAUUUGCAGGUGUUAAAGAGAGUCAUACAGUCCGGAUGGCCUGUGGUUAAGAACAACCUGCCAGCCGCAGUGGGGUCCUACUUUCAUAUCCGUGAUGAAUUGGUGGUCCAAGAUGGGCUGAUAUUACGCGGUGAUCGACUAGUUAUUCCCAAGGCACAUCGAAAGACAAUGAUGGAAAGUCUUCAUGCCAGUCACCAAGGGAUCGAAGCAACUCUGAGAAGGGCGAGAGAAACCAUGUACUGGCCAAAUAUGAAUGCGGAGAUCAAAGAUUAUGUAAAAAAAUGCGACUUAUGUUGUAGUAUUGGGCCUAAGCAAUCAAAAGAAACACUCAUCAGUCACGAGGUUCCUGACCGGCCAUGGGGAAAGAUCGCCACAGAUUUGUUCGAGUUCGAUGGCAAGGAGUAUUUGGUAACAGUUGAUUAUUUCUCGAAUUUUUUCGAGAUUGACCGCCUCUACAGUACGCAGGCCGUAUCCGUUAUUCGAAAGCUCAAGGCGCACUUGGCGCGGUAUGGCAUUCCUGAAGAAUUAAUAAGUGAUCAAGGUCCUCAGUUUACCUCUGGAGAAUUCAAGAAUUUCUGUGCGAGUUAUGGAAUGAAGCAUACCAUGACUAGCCCGCAUUAUCAUCAGGCAAAUGGAAUGGCCGAAGCCGCUGUUAAACAAGCUAAACGAGUCCUGAAAGUAGCCAAGAUGUCUGGACGAGACCCACAUUUAGCUUUGUUGGACCUCAGAAAUACUCCUCAAGAAGGUUUCAGUUCAAGCCCAGCACAGCGACUGAUGAGCAGGCGGACCAAAACUGUUUUGCCAAUUUCGAAAGGUUUGCUAAAACCAGCAGUUAUUGAAAACACGAAACAGCAAAGAAGAGCUCGUCAAGGACGACAGAAGAAAUUUUACAACUGGGGAGCAAGAGAUUUACCAGCAUUGGCUGCAGGUGACCAAGUAUGGAUACAGCCAGUCAAAGUUGGGGAUCGAGAAUGGAAGAAAGCAACCGUUUUAAGAGAAGCGGGUAUCAGGUCCUAUGAAGUCGAAACAGAGAAUGACCGAACUCUUAUUCGGAAUCGAAGACAUUUGAAGGAAGCAAAAUCAAGAUCUGCAAAUGGCGAUGAUCAUCAACAGAUCCAAGAAUUACCUAAAACACCUGAAGUUGCCGAGCGGGGAUCAAGCGAUUUUGAUGGAGAAACAGACCCUAUUCCCGAGCUUAUUCCGGAUCCAGAUCGAGGCGCCCAAAGCAGUACUGAGUCCGGUAUGCUGUCUGGUGACAUGAGAGACAGUAUAAUUACUCGAACGCGGAGUGGUAGAAUUAGUCAAAGACCGAAGUAUUUGGACGAUUAUAGUACCUAG